AUGCGCGCCAUCAAGCUUUCCCUCAGCCUCCUCUUCCUCAUCGCCUGCACCUCCACAGCCACCAAGACGACUACGAUCGGUCUGGAGACGGAAGAGACAAGUCGCGGUGUGAUUGUCCCGAUGGAUGAUUGCUUCGGGAUCGAUGAGUAUGAAGUGUAUACAGUGGCCAUUACCAAGAAAUGCCGGUUCUUCGCAGGACCAAUGUGCACGGGCCGCAACGCUUUGCUCCAACCGGGCGAACACUCUUCCAAGGACCCAGUGCCCGUCGGAAGCGUGCUAUGCGAAGAGCCGGACCUGUUCUCGUCAGUCGUGGCUUAG